UAAGAACUUUUAAUAAGAAACGUGUACGCAAGAUGAGGUAGAUGUUGGUAAUAAAAAUAACCAGGGACAGUCUAGUUAUUUUAGAAAACUAUAAGUGGCAGUGGAAUGUAUAAAAUUUUAAGAAUGAAAGGUGUCAAUGUGAAGAACUGUCAGAAGUGUCGAAUGACGUUAUUUGAUUACACAUAGGAAUAAAGUAUACUCAUAUAUAUUUAUAUAUGUAUAUAUAUAUGAAUGUACAUAUUUAUAUGACAAGAGGAUCACAUUAUUAUUUGAUGGUAGAUCAAAAGACGAAAUAAUGAAGAUGAUACAGCCGUUAUACAUAGUAUUACAUAUAUGAGUGCAUUAAAACUAUAUGGAUAACCUGCCUAUCUAUUACAGUUACUAUCUCAUCGAUUAAUUACUGAUUAAUUACAUAUCAUGUUUAAGAAAUGUUGUCUGCUUUUUUAAUAGUAUUAUGUGUAUUUUACUAUGAAAGCAAAUAAUGGAGGUUUCCGAGACGCGAAACCUCGUUAGAGAUUUAGAUUUGACCCUUCAACCCCGUAUCGCACCACGAUAUAAAACUUGGCUACCCUUUGCUACACAGCAGUUGAGACUUAGGAGUUUAAUCCAAAUAAUUGGAUAUAAAUUGAGGACAAAUGUAAAUAGCGAGAUCUGUUGGUUUUAUUACACUUUGCACAGAACGACUAUGUCAUCUCCGAUAUAUACGAGCGAAUUAAUAGAUAAUGCGAAUCCUAGAUGGUCUAGUUUGGAAGUCCCUAUUUUACAUGCCACAGGUUACUCAUCUGCCAGUGAAAUAAUUCUAAGGCUAUGGAAAAGAACGGCUAUGGGUAAUAACACGUCUGAUGUAACUGUAUUCACAUGGGGUAUUUCUUUUACUGGCCUGGCAUACAUCGGUCCUAAAUUACCCAACAACUUGGAAAUGAUUCUAAAGGAAAAUUCUAUAAUUUUUUACUUUAAUGGUGGUUUUUUUACACCUGCAUAUUGUUUUAUAAUAACACCAGAGUUGAAGAGAUAUCUCCGUAUAAAUGUUAACGCAAAUGAAGUAAAGGACAGCUAUACUGUAAAUAAGUUGACUAGUCUGAGAAGCAAGAUGCAAGCACUUAAACAACAGACCAAUUCAGUGCUAGCUUUAAGAAUGCGCAUUGCCUCUGGUGAUAAUUUUCAAACACCAAAAUAUCCUCAAUCUUCUUUAAACAGAUUAUUUCAACCUCGUACAGUAAAUAGGGAAAAAAAAGCAGAAAUACUUAAAAUACGUAAGGAGUUAGAAAUGGCCAAAUUUAGAACAAAACUGUUAGAACAAGAAAGAGCAAGAAAAAUGGGAGAAUUAAGGGUAUUAAACCAGUUACAUGCAACUAUUGCGGAAGAAAAUCAAGAUCAUGGUUCUGAUUUGAUGGAAAGAUACAGAGAACUUAACAAAGAUAUUGAAAGAUUGCACGAAUGGCGUCAAAGUCAUGUAGAUACAAGAGAAAGUUACAUUCAAAUGAGCAACCAACUUGCUCAUCGUCGACGUCAGUUAAUUUCGGAAUUAAGCUUGAUUUAUCCUGUUAAACAGGAUAGCAAUGGAAAAUUCACGAUACACGACAUACAUUUACCAGAUAGUGAAGAUUUGGAAUUGUCAAAUGAUACUCAAGUAGCUGUGGCAUUGGGUUUUGUGACACACACAACACAAAUGAUUGCUAAUUUUCUUAAUAUACCUACCAGAUAUCCUGUUAUACAUUACGGAUCUCGUAGUAAAGUUAUUGAUCACAUCAUAGAGAGCCUUCCUGAUAAUGAUAGGCAAUUUCCAUUAUUCGCCAGAGGUAAAGAUAGAUUACAAUUUCACUAUGCUGUUUAUUUAUUAAAUAAAAACAUAGCACAAUUACGCUGGUAUUGUGGUCUUCCUACUACUGAUUUAAGAGCAACAUUAUCAAAUUUAGCAACCUUAUUAAAAAUGAAGCCAAACCAAUCGCAUUUGGACAAUUCAAAAAGAACAUUUUCUACUUCGUCAUUAGAUACAGAAGUAGGUAAUGGUAAACAGAAUGUUCCUCUUACACCACCAAUACAGAAAAUUAUUUUUGAAAAAUGCCACAGAUCGUCGCGAUCAAUGGGCCAAUUAAAAUCAAUAAAAUCUUCUCUGGGAUCUUCUUUGGAUCAAGGUUUAGAUAAACCUGUACAGCCUCUUGUUUUAGGUAGUCAAUCGAAACGAAUUUGCAAAUCGGAAGAAAGUGCCAUAGAUGACAGAACAUUAAUGUUAGCUAGAAACAGGUCUGGCAAUAGUAGUAAUGAAACGCUGAAUUGUACUGAUCUGAAUAAUACUAUCAGUGUAAAUGUAAGUGAUGAUUUUCUUCAAAAUAAUGAUAGUGUUACGAUCGACAGUAAUAUCGAAAUAACAAUACCUACAUCUGUUUCUAAGUCAGCAAAUGUUACUGAUAGUUUAGAAGGUUCUGUCAGUAUUAGGGAUAGGAGUUCAAAUUCUAUAAGUAGCUGUGAAAUGGCCUUAAGCAAUAGCCAAAAUGAGGGAGAUGAAAGCCCGAAUGAUAAAAGUACGAUGAAAAAAGGAGAGAACGAGCAAAAUAUUUCUUCAAAUCAUGAUAAUGUAAAAAAUAUCGAAGAUAAUGCAGAGAGUACAUUGAAAAACGGAGAUCAUACGGAUAUGUCACAUUUAGAAAAUAAUACUUCAGAAGAUUAUUGUACACAUUAUUAUGACCAAAAUGAUCAUAAUUGUGAUGUUUUGGAGCAAAGUCCUUUCAUGAUUAGUUCGUGUAAAGAACGUGUUGCUAAAUCCUGCUUAUCUCUAGACGAUAUAAUAGGAUGUACUUAUGAUGAAACUGAAAAGAAGGAAAGAACAAAUUCGAUUUGUAGCUAUACAGAAAAAUGUCACUUAGCUAACAAAAAAGUAUUAGGUAAACAAUUUUCUUCUCAACUAAGGCCGAAUGAAGAAAUAGAGCAACAAAGUGAAAAAUGGUCAGAAGAGAAUGAUGAAGGUAUCUGUGUUAAACAUAAUGCAAUGCUAAAUAAGGAUUCCAUAGCAGCGACACAAAAAUGCGACAAUACUGUUACUGAAUAUAAUUGUAUGCUUGAAGAAAAAGAUAAGCAAUGUGACUUUCAAGCAUCAAGCGAUUAUAUAGAUAUUAUUAGACGCAGUUCAGAGAAUGUUUAUGCACGUACUGAAGCCUUAGCUAAUAAGAAAACUAGUUUUAAAGUUAUGAAACCACGGCUGUAAUAUUUAUUAAUUCAAAUAUAAAGUUAUUGUAUAUGCGAGUAAA